UAAAUAUGAGGCGAACUGAGGGAACCUCAAAUUCACUUUACGCGAAAGACAAGAUAAAACUACACAAGAAAUUCAAGAAACUACCACAGCUACAGAGAAAAUGGGAAAAGCUGUUGGAAUUGAUCUUGGUACAACGUACUCUUGCGUUGGAGUAUUUGAAAAUGGCAAAGUAGAAAUCAUCGCCAACGACCAGGGGAACAGGACGACACCAAGUUACGUUGCAUUCAACGAUACGGAACGGCUCAUCGGAGACGCAGCCAAGAAUCAGGUGGCGUUAAACCCUGAAAACACUAUCUUUGAUGCUAAGAGACUGAUAGGUCGAAAGUACGAUGAUUCAAGCGUACAGUCAGAUAUCAAGCACUGGCCAUUCAAGGUUGUCAAUGAAAAUAGCAAGCCGAAGCUCCGAGUUGAUUACAAAGGAGAGACCAAGAAGUUUACCCCAGAAGAAAUCAGCUCUAUGGUACUUACAAAGAUGAAAGAGACUGCUGAAGCUUACUUGGGAAGUAAAGUCACCAAUGCAGUUAUUACUGUCCCUGCCUACUUCAAUGACUCACAGCGACAGGCAACUAAAGAUGCUGGUAUCAUCGCUGGACUGAACGUCUUGAGAGUCAUCAACGAGCCUACUGCUGCUGCUUUGGCUUAUGGUUUGGACAAGAAAGGAGAACGGAAUGUAUUGAUCUUCGAUCUUGGUGGUGGUACAUUUGAUGUAUCUGUGCUAUCCAUCGACGAAGGCUCUCUGUUUGAAGUGCUGUCUACAGCUGGUAAUACCCAUCUUGGUGGCGAAGACUUUGACAACAGACUGGUGAACCAUUUCGUGGCUGAGUUCKAAAGAAAACACAAGAAAGACCUCACCACAAACCGUAGAGCACUACGAAGACUGAGGACAGCCUCUGAACGAGCUAAGAGAACACUGUCAUCAAGCACAGAAGCGAGCAUUGAAGUCGACUCGUUGUUUGAAGGAAUCGAUUUCUACUCCAAGAUCACUCGUGCAAGAUUUGAAGAACUGUGUUCUGAUUUGUUCCGCUCGUGUCUUGACCCAGUGGAGAAGGCGUUACGCGAUGCCAAACUUGGAAAGGCAGACAUUCACGAGGUGGUGCUAGUUGGUGGGUCGACGCGAAUCCCAAAGAUUCAAAAACUGCUGGAAGAGUACUUCAAUGGUAAGAAAUUAAACAAAUCCAUCAACCCAGACGAGGCUGUAGCGUAUGGUGCAGCGGUACAAGCUGCAAUUCUUUCUGGAGACCAAAGCUCUGAAAUCAAAGACGUCCUGCUUGUAGACGUGGCUCCACUUUCACUGGGAAUUGAAACUGCAGGCGAAGUGAUGACCAAAUUAAUUGAAAGAAACACUCGCAUCCCUACCAAGACUUCCAAGACCUUCACAACCUACUCUGACAACCAGCCAGGMGUCAGCAUUCAAGUGUUUGAAGGAGAAAGAGCCAUGACAAAGGAUAACAAUCUCCUUGGAAGAUUCGAGUUGGAUGGAAUCCCACCAGCUCCACGUGGCGUCCCGCAGAUCGAAGUCACUUUUGAUAUUGAUGCCAACGGCAUUUUGAACGUUUCCGCACAAGACAAGAGUACUGGGAAAAAGAAUUCCAUCACCAUCAAGAACGACAAGGGACGAUUAUCCAAAGAAGACAUUGAAAGAAUGGUGCAAGAUGCCGAGAAGUACAAAAGCCAAGACGAUGCACAAAGGGAGAGAGUGGCAGCAAGAAACAGCCUAGAAAACUACGCCUUUAGCCUCAAACAAACAGUAGAAGAUGACAAAAUCUCAAGCAAGCUUUCCCAAGAAGACAGAGAAACCGUUAAAGGAAAAGUAACGGACGUCAUCAACUGGCUAGACAGCAACUCUUUGGCUGAGAAAGAGGAAUUCCAAGACAAAGAAAAAGAGCUGCAGAAGGCUUGUUCUACGAUCAUGGCUAAACUUCAUGGUCAAGGCCAGCAGGAUGUGCAUGGACAGCAGAAUACUGGCACAGGUGGACCAACCAUUGAAGAAGUUGACUAAAUGCCUUCAUAAAAGAAGGCCAAGGAACGGAAAUACAAUGGACAUGUAAUACGGAACUGUUAUAGAAACUAGUUGAUUUAUUCCUUCUACUGUGUUUUUUAAUAGAUGGAUUUAUAGUUAUUGUUGAAGAAAGCUGUUCAGAUCGGUAGAGAGUUUACAUAGUACUCUAUUAAAUAAUUUCUCGUUAGCUUGCUAUGACAUGUAAACUUAUGUAAUAUUAUUGUAGGCUCUACACUGUUUUUUUGUUUMUUUGUUUUUUUGUUUGUUUUUUGUCUAGUACACAAUUAGAAACCUUUGAAGUACCUAUCAGUCUAUUGAUUGUUGAUUGAAGUUGAGUUUGUAAUAAAUUAUUUGCAC